AAAUGAGGGAGAAAAGAGGAAUUUCGAGAGAGGAAAACUCAGUCGAACAUAUUAACGCCAUUGCCACUGCCGAAACACACACACACACACACACACCGCCGUCACAGCUAUUCCGAAGAAAAGAUACAAUCUUUCGAAGAAAAAGAAGAUAAAAAAAUGUCAAUAAGAGGUGUUUGGCAACUUCAAAAGCUUGUUGUCAGUUACUGUAAUUGGGGCGGCAGUAGCAGAGGAAUCAGGGCAUUUAUGGAGUCGCAUCUCCCAGCUUUUGUGGAGAAGAAUCCACAGCUUGAGGUGGUCACUGAACUCAACCGUGGUUAUCAUCCCUUUCUAAAGGGAUUUUACAAAAACAAAAACGAGCGAGUUGUCUGUGUGAAGAACACGACUCCCGAGGAAGUACUCCAAUGUGCAACAAGGCUAAGAAACUCACAGGGGAGGAAAGUGUUGAAGUUGAAGACAAGGCAUGUGGCUAAGCAUCCUAGUGUUCAAGGUACAUGGACUACCGCUUUGAAGAUUUGAGAGAAAAACGAACCAAACGAGGUUUUAUUACUUCUUUGUUUUGCUUUCACUACAUCAAGACUUGCUUAGUGAGAACUGGCUAUAAAUUGUUCUCUUUUUUUUUUUCUCGGAAUAUUUAUAAAUAGUACCCUUAAUUGUUGUGACUAUUUAUUUCUAAGGGAUCUUCAUAUUGUAGCUUCUAUUCAGGUUAUCAAUCUUUUCCUUCCGGUACGAUAAUUGUUUUUUCGUGGUUUUAAUGGAUAUGAAUUGCAUCUCCUUAUGCUGCUUUAUUCCU